GAUUAGACUCGUGAGUCGUGAGUCGUGAAGUAGUCCGAGGUCGGACGACUGAACAGUUUCACUGUCCCGAUUACUGGAUAUCUUGGGUCACGAGUCACGAAUCACGAUAUUAUUUCAGUAAAAUGACGAAAUUCGUGUACUGCUUUUUUCGUGUAGUUCGCACAUGUUUAGAAAUACUGUCGUGUAUGAUAUUCCGACUUAUAAGUAAAUGGACUCCAAGGAAAUCACUUCCACCAAUUUCAAAUUUACUUCUUUUGGAGUCAGCCACUUCACUGGCUGCAAAAAUCAGAGAUCGCAAGGUGACCAGCCAAGAGGUUGUUGCUGCCUUCAUAGACCGCAUCAAAGAAAUCAACCCAAUCCUCAACUGUGUUGUUGAAACGCGAUUUGAUGAAGCUCUCAAGGAAGCCGAAGCUCUUGAUUGUGAGCUGAGAAAUACUUCAAAGGAUAAUGAAACACUGGCAAAAGAAACUCCAUUUCUUGGUGUGCCCUUUUCUAUGAAGGAAUGUUUCCAAGUAAAAGGUCUACAUCAGACUUCAGGAUUGUAUGGCCGACGUGACAUAGUAGCUGAGGAAGAUGCUGAUGUUGUGCGCUUAUUGAAGAAGGCUGGAUGCAUACUAGUGUGCACAACAAACGUUCCUGAGCUCUGCAUGUGGUGGGAGACCAGCAAUACUAUUUAUGGACGCACCAAUAACCCCUACAACCCCAUGUGUAUUGUUGGAGGCUCGUCUGGUGGUGAAGCUUGCCUACAGUCUGCCUGUGGCAGUCCUUUUGGUGUUGGCUCAGAUAUUGGAGGCUCCAUCCGAAUGCCGGCAUUUUUCAAUGGCAUUUUUGGCCACAAAGGAUCAGUAGGUCUUAUUAGCAACAGAGGUCAGAUGCCAGCGGCAGUCGGUUCACUUGAGAAGAUGCUUGCCACUGGUCCGCUGUGUAAACACGCCGCUGACUUACGGCCAUCACUCAAGAUUAUGGCUGCUGAAAAUGCUACUCUCGUCGACCUUGAUAAGAAGGUGAAGCCGGAAAAUAUGCGCAUUUUCUACAUAGAAGACGACGGCGGCUCUUGCUUCACGACGCCCGUGCAGCACGAGCUGAGGGCGGCCAUGAGGGCCGUGGUCAGCCACCUGCAGCUCACCCACCGCGUCACCGCCAAGAAGUUGCAGCUGAAGGAGCUCAGAAAUAUCCUGCCAAUGUACCUGGCCAUGAUGGGCAGUGAAAAACAAGCCCCAAAGUUUUCUCAGGAGAUGGUCAUGAGGAAAGGUUCGCUGUGUUUGUGGUGGGAGAGCGUGAAGUGGCUGCUGGGGCAGUCGCACCACACGUUUCCCGCCCUCGCCCUCAGCGCUCUCGAGAAAGUCACGUCUGAUGACGAUCCCCGCGCUGUUGAGCUCCUUAAGCAGGCUGGUGCCCUCAGGGAGAAGCUAAAGGAAAUCCUGGGCGACGACGGAGUGCUGUUGUUCCAGAGCCACCCAACGGUCGCCCCGUACCACUGCCAGCCGCUGUUUAGGUUCUUCAACUUCUGCUACACGGCGCUGUUCAACCUAGCGUACCUACCUGUCACCCAGUGCCCCUUGGGGCUCAGCAAGGCUGGUCUUCCCCUCGGGGUUCAGAUUGUUGCGAACGAUAAAAACGACCACUUGUGCCUGUCGCUGGCUGAAGAACUGGAGAAGUCCUUUGGAGGUUGGGUCUGUCCUUCAGUAGUGGAGUGAAAAAAUUAUAAUCAUCUUUAAAAGUAACCACAUUUUAGUAAACAUUCGGUAACAUUCACGCCUAAAACUGCUGAACAACUUCAAGUGCGAUCCUCUUUCUUUAUUAGCCGUUCACAUGACACCUGGCACCUGUAAUGCAGUAGUGAAUGACGCUUCAAAAAAUCAUAGCCUUUAGUGAAAUUCACUGUAUUGAAGUGAAUAUCGGUUUUUGUUCACGCCUAAAAAUUCUGAACGACUUUGGUGAGAUCCUCGUACUUCAUUAGCCGUCCACAUGACACCUGGCUGCCGUAAUGGAAAGACUGCAGGCAUAUUUUCCAUUCAUGUCUUACAUGGGCUUGUUCCUUUAGCUGGGGUGCUGCUUCGUUCCAAUUAGCUCAGUAUAUUUAGACCAACAUCCACGUAAUGCUACUUUUAGCCAGUAUCUCAUGAAGCUCAUCGUGGUUUUAUUUCCAUAAGGCAUUAUUUAUACAUUAGGAAUGCACUUUCCUAGCGCUUAUAGCGUCGAUUUUCAUCCUUGUGGAUAAUACAAUACAAUGUCGAGUUUACAUCAACUCGUCUGUUAUAUAUAUCGAGCUUUAGUAACGCUUAUCGCCUUCCAUCAAUAUUUUGUUGUCGCAGGUAGUUGCCUGACGUCUAUCAGCAUUUAUUUAUAUAGGUUUACUAAGCGCUAAUUGAAGGAUGGAAUUCCAAGUCACGCGUAAUUUGUAUGUAGAGCUCUAAUCCUCCGUCAGGCCUUACAUUCACUUGGGUUUAGUAUUAUCGCAUCUAUAACAGAGGUUGUGUUGUAAAAGUUUUAAAGUUUUAUUUACAGUUUAUUAGUGUAUGUGUUGGUUCAAAGAUGAUGCAUUUAACGGUCCGUUUUAUAAGUAGUGUGCUCAUUGGCGCCAAUUUUUGUUCAGGUUCUAUUAUGAUUUAUUGUUAUAAUCUGUCUUAGCUUGGCUCUCUCACCUUUUUUAUAUACUUGACAUCGCUUUUUGUUACUUGCUUUUUACGGCAAGAUCGAUGUCGCGAGUGUUGUCAGCGAUGUACUCGCAAGUACGAGCAUUUUAUAUUUUUGUUGAGGAAUAGUUAUUAGCUUAAGUACACACUUUAUUUUGUUAUAACUUUUCUAUUGCUUGCCAUAGACUAUGUAUUAUAAAUCUCCAUUGUUUUCUUGUUAUUGGUUUCUCAUAGCACAUUAGUUGUUGUGGAGUUCGUUUAAGUUUUCAGGAAUUUACAUUCGUCCCUAUUAUUGUUGGAAGAAAUUCGUCACAAACGCGAACGGUCGCAAUCUUGUUGCGUCAUCUGACUUAUUAUGAAAUGGUGAGUUGAGAUUUCAUGUGUAUGUGUAUUCAAUGUAUUAUCUUUUUAUUCAAUGUCAUUUUGGUGCAUUAUUGUUUAAUAUUGUUAAUGUUGUGGAAAAUAUGCAUAGAAAGAUUAGGGUGAUUCGCAUUGUCAAGUGCCUUACUUAGUAACCAGUUACAGAAAUCAUCAGAUAUGGAUACCUACCGAGACUAAAAUUGAUAUGAGAUAUAUAAAUAUUUUUCAUUAUAUAUUAUAAAAUUUAUGAAUAUAUCUUAUUAUAUUCGUUUUAAAGCUUUUUUCAACUCGGAUGCACAAAUCUCUUAACUUACUCAAAUUUCGUAGUUUUAUCUCGUCACUCUAGUUAUACAUACUUUCCUUUCACUUUGCUGACACUUUUUCACAGGAAAUUUUGAAGAAAUUUCGCUUCGUCGUUUGUUCAACUUGAAUUAUUCAAAGAAUAAAAACCAUGUAAAAGUGUAAUUGUUCUUCGAAAGUGAUUUAAAAGCUAAAUAAAACGAUUUAUUUGAAUAUAUUAUUUAGCACCAAAGCUAAGAGGUUUUUGACUCAAACUUUCAGUAGUGCCGAUAGAGGGAAGUUUUAUUGACAUGUAGGCUUGUGUUUGUGGGGCACGUUGUAAGAAAUGCGAUUUUUAUUCAAUUACAAGCUUUACUAAGUUUUGGUUUGAGUCAUUCUUUUAAUUUGUUGGAUUUUCCCUUGAGUUUGACAGCUCGAAGCGACGUUACCAUUUUAUUGGAUUGUAAUCUUUUGGAGAAAGUUCUUGAUUCUGUGAUUGUCUUGAUGAAUAAUGGUUAUUAAGAAGUGUUCAUUUCACUAGUGAUUACCAAAUGGUUACCGGCUUCUAAUACCUUAUAUGCACGCAGUGCUCUCUAUAGGUAAUCAUUGUUAGUUUCUAUACUA